ACAGCCGGGAGGAUGGGCCGCUGCUAGGCUCGCAGUGGGAAGCGCCGGCCGAUCAGGGUGGGAGCCGGCGCUUGCAGUGGCGCGGGCAGAGGCGAUCGGCCCGGGAUCGCGCAGCCCUGCAGCCCGCGUGGAUCGAGCUGCCCGGGCGCCCUGAAUCCUCAAGUCCCAGUUGAGUCAGAAUGGAUGAACAACCACAAGGAAUGCAAGGGCCCCCUGUUCCUCAGUUCCAGCCGCAGAAGGCAUUACGACCAGAUAUGGGCUAUAAUACUUUAGCCAACUUCCGAAUAGAAAAGAAAAUUGGACGUGGACAAUUUAGUGAAGUUUAUAGAGCAUCCUGUCUCCUGGAUGGAGUUCCAGUAGCUUUAAAAAAAGUGCAGAUAUUUGAUUUAAUGGAUGCCAAAGCACGUGCCGAUUGUAUCAAAGAAAUAGAUCUCCUUAAGCAACUCAACCAUCCAAAUGUAAUUAAAUAUUAUGCAUCAUUCAUUGAAGAUAAUGAGCUGAACAUAGUUUUGGAGUUAGCAGAUGCUGGUGACCUCUCCAGAAUGAUAAAGCACUUUAAGAAACAAAAGAGGCUAAUCCCUGAGAGGACUGUUUGGAAAUACUUCGUUCAGCUCUGCAGUGCACUGGACCACAUGCAUUCUCGAAGAGUCAUGCACAGAGAUAUAAAACCAGCUAAUGUGUUCAUUACAGCCACUGGGGUAGUCAAACUUGGAGAUCUUGGACUUGGUCGGUUCUUCAGCUCCAAAACCACAGCUGCACAUUCUUUAGUGGGCACGCCUUACUACAUGUCUCCAGAGAGGAUCCAUGAGAACGGAUACAACUUCAAGUCUGACAUCUGGUCUCUCGGCUGUCUGCUGUAUGAGAUGGCGGCGUUGCAGAGUCCUUUCUACGGAGACAAGAUGAAUCUGUACUCUCUGUGUAAGAAGAUAGAACAGUGUGACUACCCACCUCUCCCAUCAGAUCACUAUUCCGAGGAGCUCCGACAGUUAGUUAAUAUAUGCAUCAACCCAGAUCCGGAGAAGCGACCGGACAUCGCCUACGUUUAUGAUGUGGCAAAGAGGAUGCAUGCCUGUACCGCCAGCAGCUAAACUGUACGAGACCCUGAAGACGGCGACUUAAAUAACUUAAAAGUGUUUUUGUGCAAAUCAUACCUCCCCGCUUUUGUCUGGGUGUUAAGAUUACUAUUUCAGAGCUAAUGCGCUUUGAAUCCUUAACCAGUUUUCAUAUGAGCUUCAUUUUCUACCAGGCUCAGUCACCUUCCCAACCCCCAACUCUGGGAUGCUCAGAUUGCAUCAAGGACGCAAGCACAAGAGGUUUUAAGGGCGUAAGGUUUGAGAAUUGUUUAGCGUUUCUGCUGAGAGAUUGUGUUUCUAGAUAGUAAGUGCCAGGUGGAGGAGGACACAGAGGCACUGUCUGGAGGGAGGAGGCAGAACCCGAGGAAAGACCUGAGCAUGUGACACGUUUGUUUUUAAGUCACUUAACGGACAUCCUAGUGGACAUAAUUGUGAAGUUCUUUGUUUUUUUUUAAGUUUGAAGUACAUGUUUUAUUUAGUUCUUAGCAUUAUAGUUUUCGAAUAUAAUUCUUAUACUAAAUGCAGACAUGAACUUUUGAGAAAGAUUGAAAAUUUUUAGUUUAUACACUCAAAAUGCAACUAUUAAAUGUGAAAACAUAGAGGACGAAAUGUGAGUUGGACACUGAAAGUCUCGUGUUUUAAUGCCUUUGAAAGCCUUUUUGUGUUUAAAUGGUGUGAAUGAAGCCAUUUUAAAAGUGGUUAAGGACUUGUUUGCCUGGCGUGAUAGUCAUUUUUAAAGUUGCACAUUGCUCAAGGCUUUGUGUUCUUACUGUACAUUUGAAGAAUAUUCUGGAAUAAUCUUGUAGUAACUAUAGUUCAAUUUCUUUACAAAUCUAAAUACACUUAACUCAUAGCUAUACACUGUAAUGUAAGUGUAUAUUUUUAUUCAUAUAUUGAAUGAAGUUUUGAUCAGUUCCCCUUCAGAAUUUUUUUUUAUUCAAGUUACUUUCUUAUUUAUAUUGUGUGUGCAUUUUAUCCACUAAAUGUUUCAGAUUCUCUGACAACGAACUCCCUUUGUAAAAGAGAUUUGGUAUGCCAACACUUUUCUUAGAUUGAAACUUUUUUUAAAAAACUUUUGGGCCAUUCUGUGUGCAUCUGUUUUAUCUUGUUAGGAAGAGAAGAUGUAUGUUAAAAUGUGCCUGUGGAUGUCGAUGUUGUUUGACAGGGUUAUAAUUUUAGAGUAUGUGUAAGGCCAUGGAGACUGGCCCUUAAUAGACAGAACCAUUAGGAGAGCAGCGUUUCUGUGGAGACACUUUGGAGUAAAGUACUAUAUUUGUGUAUGAAGAUGACAGACAUGGGUGAUGCUCAUUUUAGUUAAGAAAAAAAUAUAAAAAGGAGAGCUAUUUAGGAAACCCUGAGGUGGAAUUUGUUUUCCCUGAAUGUCUUCAUCUUAAUACCAACCAGUGUCUUGAAAGACUUGUGGAGCCAAAGAACAGAGCGGCCGUGGCGGUUGCAGAACACUGUGUCCCAUGAUUGAACAUUGGGAAGGCUUAUCCUGCUGGUGGGGCAGCUUGUACUGUGGCCAAAAGAGCUCUUGGGUUUGUUUUCUCACAGAGUAUUCUUUCUAUAGUUAUUGUCAAGCAAUCUGUAAGUUUUCAAAAUAGUGGCUCGUCUUUUAAUUGGCUGUGCUUGCUGUCUUAGACAAGGGACAUCUGGUUGGUUUUUCAUCCUGAAGGCUGAACUGGGUGUGUCCCAGAUCUUAGUGGCUCAGAGCAUUUAUCCAGAGGCGUGAAGAAAGCUGCUUCUGGCGACCAUUUAUUUGUAUUGUGCUAUGUCCACUCUAAUGUCACAGGACUGACCGAGAUGCAAUAUCCCCUGCCUACAAGAGUCAUUUUCUUUCCAUCUUUGAAAACAAAAGGUUCUGCCCGGCAUUGGUGGUGCAUACUUUUAAUCUCAGCACUUGGAGGGCAGAGGCAGGUGGAUCUCUAUGAGUUCCAGGACAGCCUGGGCUACACAGAGAAAAGCCUAUCUCAAAAAAACCAAAACCGAAUCAAUGAAAAUACAAGGCUUAUCCCUUGUAGUGAUUUUGCUUUGUGAAUCGGUCUUCUAAAAAAUGGGGGAGGGGGACUGGGGGGAGCUGGAGACCUUAAUGGUUAGGGAUGGUCACUGUCCUUUAGUCCAAGUGUUCAUAUCCACCCCACCUCCAAAGAAUCUACUGUGUAACAAUAAAUUCAGUGUGAUAUUUGCAAAUGGUUAUGGAGUUGAUUAGAAUUUCUAAUCUUAACCAUCACCUAUAAAAUAUACUCUUUAUAUUUCUGUUUAUGAGUAAUUUGAUAUGAAGUUGAAUGUUGGAACUGAACUGAUUUGAGUAACAGGUCAAAUUAAAGGUACGGCUGAUUUGAAACCUUGCUUGAACAUUGGUACUAGUUACCCAGGGGAAAAUGGGCAGUAACUGCGGUUGGCACGCUGAGGUAUGGGGUGGUGAAUGUAGGGUAGCCUCAUCUGCAGUGCUCAAAAAGGUCUAAUGAUUGUAGAGCUAGCAAGAUGCCGCUGCCAAGUCAAGAGCGCUCUACCGUUCCUAAGUGCGUCCAUUACAAAACACCUGUCUUGUAUCCGUAAACUCCAGGUGUUGCUCUUAACCUGUCCUGUAUUUAUUAUAGCCAAGAAGCUGUUAUUCACACAGAUUAUUCUUUUGAAUCGAAUGUAUUGUUCAUCACCCACAAGUGCACACUCUUUGCCUCUGAUCCCCACAGUACUGUAAUAUGAAUUUCUUUUGUGAAAUACGUUUUAUUUUGUUAUGCUUUAAAUGUACAUGCAAGAGAACUCUGUUAUUAGCUUCAGAAACUGUACAAUAUCGUAAUAUAAAUAUAUAAAAAUAAAAGAUGAGUACUGUAAGUUUGA